AUGUUUAGCGCUUCACAGGACAGUGUUUCUCAAGAAGAAUCGGAAUCUAAAGAAGUUCCGAAUGUUGAGUUGAAUGUUCGUGGUAAACAUCAGAAUCUUCGACCAAGGACAUCGCCGUAUAAUCGAGAAGAUUCGAAGAGCCCCGAUUCGGUGAGUUUUUUUUUUUUUUUGAAAAAAAAAUUCAAUCAAAGUUUCCAGAUCGCUGGAACAUUUACAAUAAAAGAGCCUCGAUCUGAAAGACAAACAAAAGUGAAAUUGGAAAGUUUGGAGAGAAGAUUGCGAGCGAAUGAAAAGGCGCGAAAAGAAAUUGAGGGAGAAGUUGAGAAGUGGAAAGAGAAGGCGAUGAAAAACUCGAAAAGGCUGCCGGAUUUGGAAGUGGAGUUGGCUGAAAUGACGCAAUCGAAAGAGGAAUGGCAUGCGAAAUCGAUUGAGAUUGAGGUGAAUUUGAGGCAAGUUAUUGGAGAGCGAGAUGAACUUCGACAGAAAUUAUUUGAUUCGGAAGAAGAGUUCAGAAUGUUAUCGACGAAAAUGACGAAUACGAAUAUUGAGAAUUUCUCGGAUAUUGAAAAAUUUAUUCAAGAAUCUAUUUUGAAAUGUAAUAACUUGGAGCAAGAAAAUGAGAAUUUGAGAGUUGAAAUCGCAGAAAUGUCUUCGAAAUUAUCCCAAAAUCAAAACCACGUGUCAACUUUGAUGGAACAUUUGGAAACUAAUAAAACACAAAGUCAAACAAUUCAUGGGAUAUGUAAAAAAGAAUUGGAAAUUCGACAAAAUACUGAACAACGAAUAAAUCAUGAUGUAACAUUGAUGAAUUCAACAAUAAAUGAGCAAAAACUUGAAAUUGAAAUGUUGAAAUCGGAAAUUCGAUGUUUACGAUCAUAUUCACAAGAAACAACAAAUUCCAACAAAAAUAAUAUAAUUCUACUGAAAUCAGCUGAAAGUGAGAGAAGAAGUUUGUUAGAAACAUUAUCUGUUUUAUUGAAUUCUGAUGAAGAACCAAAUGAGAAUAAUAUUAAAAAGAAUAUUCGAGAUUUGGUUCGAGAGAAAAAUAUCGAACAAACUCGAAGAUUGGAGGCUGAAGCGAAAGCUUUGAAUAUUGAAAAUAUAUUAUUGGAUCAAGCGAAACAACAAAGAAAUGCACUUUUUCGAGCGAGAAUUUCAGAAGAAGAAUAUCAAAAAUCGAUGGAUAAAAUGGAAGAACUUGAACAAGAAUUAUUGGCGAGUGAUUUGGAGCGGAAAAAUCUUGAGCAUAAAUUGGCAACAUUUGAGAGAUGUAUCACAAAAGUAUCGCAAAUGUUGAAUGUGAAUGUUGGCUCGGUUUUUGAUGCGAUUUUUGAGAGAAUUGAGGAACUUGUGAAUCAAGAAUCGGUUUAUCGAUUGGUUGUUAGUGAUAAUCGGACUAUUGUGAGUUUGAAAUUUACUGAAACUUUUAAAAAUGUUCAGAUUUUGAUGAAUGAAACUCAAAAUGCACUUACUUCACAACAAAAUUUAAGUUAAACAUAAAUUUCAAAAAAAAUGAAAAGAUAUAUGUGGCCGAACUAUUUUGGUGGCCGAAAAAUGUCGGGAAUUCGGCCAAAGGCAGCAAACUCGCUCUAAUGUUGCAAAAUCAUCAUUAUUGGAGCGAGUUUGUUGCUUUGGCCGAAUUCCCGACUCGGCCACGAAAAUCCCAACCUUCAAAGAAAAAAAAACGCCUCGAAAAAACAACAAACACUACGCGCAAACCCUACAGUACCUCUCGGAAAAAGAGCAACGGGAACCCCCGGGGGUUUUUUUUAGCAGGAACCUUGAUAUUCCCUCCCGGGGAACCCUGAGAAUUUCACAAACUUCCUUUUCGGGCGGAGUAUACUAGUUUUUAAAAAUAACAAAAAGAUAUAUGUGGCCGAGAAAUGUCGGGAAUUCGGCCAAAGCAACAAACGCGCUCUAAAAAUGAGAAUUUUUGCAACAUUGGAGCAAGUUUGUUGCUUUGGCCGAAUUCCCGACAUUUCUCGGCCAUCAAAAUAGUUCGGCCACAUAUAUCUUUUCAUUUUUUUUCCAGUCAGAAAACUUGAUCCGUGGAAUUCAAAAUGUUCGAAAAGAGAUUCAAACAGUGGUCAAAACCGAUUCCAGCAGUAGUUCUGGUAAACAACAAAAAGGUCGAGUUUCACCGGUUUUGGCCGCAGCCAAAAUAAUGCAUGAUCGAACUCAAACAUUGAAAACAAUCGAUAAAAUGGAUAAAUUGAAUAAGGAUUUGUUGGCGACGAUGACGAUUGAAACAAUGAGAGCGGCUGAUAUGGAGAAGCAGAAUUUGAAGGUAACGAAAUUUGUGGCCUCGUAAAAAAUCUGAUUUUUCUUUUCAGAAAAAAAUGAACGAGCAAGAAAAUCGUAUUCGACAAUUGGAAAGAGAAAAGAAAGAGGGCGAAAGAAUCCGAACAAUAAUUGCAAAAUGGGAAAAGAGGAAUACGCCAAAACCAGCAAAAACUUCUUGCGAAUCAGUAGGUCGACCAAAGUCACAAACAUCCAUCAUUGGUUUAAUAUAA